AUGGAGCCCCUAGACCAGACCUACUGGUUUCCCCUGUCAUCAGACCUCAACUCCUCUGCAGCCAGCCCCUCAUCCUUCCUCUUUUCCUACCCCUACCUCUUCAACAUCUCCUCCAACCUGUCCACUCAAAGCGUCCCCUUUCAGGGCAGCAGCACUCUGAUGACAGCAGUCAUCUCCCUCACAGUCUUCAUGGUGGGUCUUACUGGCAACACUCUAGCCAUCUAUGUGGUGCUGCGCUAUGCCAAAAUGAAAACAGUCACCAACAUCUACAUCCUGAACCUGGCUGUGGCCGAUGAGCUCUACAUCAUCGGGCUCCCCUUCCUCACCACGCAGAACGUGCUCUCCUAUUGGCCGUUUGGCUCCUUCCUGUGCCGUGUGGUCAUGACGGCAGACUCUAUGAACCAGUUCACCUCGAUUUUCUGCCUGACAGUCAUGUCCAUAGAUCGUUACAUGGCCGUGGUUCAUCCAAUCCGCAGCACCAAGUGGAGACAUCCCCGCGUGGCCAAGGUGGUGAGCGCAGCCGUGUGGGCCGUGUCCUUUGUGGUGGUCCUGCCGGUGGUCAUCUUCUCUGAUGUUCAGGACACAUUUAACUCCUGCAACAUGAUCUGGCCAGAGCCAAAGAAUGUGUGGUCAACAGCAUUCAUUCUCUACACUGCCACAGUGGGCUUCUUUGGGCCGCUGCUUAUCAUUUCCCUCUGCUAUCUACUUAUCGUUAUCAAGGUGAAGUCCUCAGGGGCGAGGGCAGGCUUCACCAAGCGUCGGCGUUCGGAGCGCAAAGUGACAAGGAUGGUGGUGGUGAUCGUGGUGGUGUUUGUUCUCUGCUGGCUGCCAUUCUAUAUCAUCAACAUGGUCAACCUGGUGGUCAUCAUCCCAGAGUCCAGCGCCACUGCCGGCAUCUACUUCUUUGCUGUCAUCCUGUCCUAUGCCAACUCCUGUGCCAACCCGGUACUCUAUGGCUACCUGUCGGACAACUUCAAGCAGAGCUUCAGAAAAGUGCUGUGUAUGAGGAGUAUGAAGUGCAAGGCGAGUGGUGUAGAUGAUGGUGACCACAGCGCUCCGCGCACAGAGAAAACCACAGCACACGACUGUGUACCGCUUUCCCCUCGUAACCAGGUCUACCAUGAUCCUCAGAGCAGCCAGAUAUCUCAUCACCCUCCAGGCUCACCUACCUCUCACACAGCAGCAGACCUGCACUGCUCCACCCCUACAUGCCUGUCUCCAUCCACUUGCCCAGGAAUCAGACCCACUACUAUGGCGACCUCCAAAGCAGCCUCCAUAGUACCCUCUAUGGGAGACUUCUUCUUCAAAGUAAAAGACCCAUAG